AUGGCCAUCACACACGCACAUAUCGAAGCCUUCAACCGUUACCUUGCCACCACAGCUGGUCGUGAAAAAGCCUGUCGCUUGGUUCAAUACUUUGCUCGCUUCUAUGCAUUCUACUUGCUCCGUACUGGCGCACCAAAGGAAGCCAUCCAGCGUUGGGCUGAUUUGAAGAGCAGUCUCGGUACUGGUCGUAAGUUCUUCCGUCUCUUGAAGCCUGUCGAGUUUGCCCAGAAUGGUGUCAAGAGUCUGGCUAUCAAAGAUGAAGUUAUCCGAGCCGGUACCUUUGUUAAGCAGUUUGGUUACUUUUUCUACUACUGCUGUGAGGCUGCCAACCUGGCCAAUACUAUCAAGUUCUACAAGUUGGAAAACAUCAAGACCAUUACUCGCUUUGGUUCAAAGUGUUGGUUGGCUGGUCUGACUGCCUCUCUGUUGACCGGACUUUACAAGUUCAAGCAGCUCGAGGUCCGCGCCCAGAUGCUCAAGAAGUCUGCCAAGGCCAUGGCCACCAAGCAUGAAGACUCGGUCGAUCGUUUGGCUGAAUUACAGGCAGAGAAGAAGCAACUGGCAAAGGAUGCCUAUUCUACUCGCUACCAGUUCCUUCAGGACUCUAUUGAUAUCCUUAUUCCUUUGGGUGGUCUUGAAAUCCUUCCUUUGGAUGAAGGUAUCCUUGGUUUGGCUGGUAUGGCUACAUCUUUGCUGGCCAUGAACACUCAGUGGAAAAAGGUCAACAAAUAA